CACGUGGCUUCAUGUAUUUUUAACUGUAGAAAUGGCGAUAUCAAUUAAAUCCUCAAGUAUAAGAAAAGCCCAAGUGCCAGUUUCAUGCUAUUUUUGCAUAGAAAAAGACAUUAAAUGGAAAUGCGAAGAUUGCAAUAUUCGCAUUUGUAACUCCUGUGAAGUUACUGUUCACCAAGGUCUUCAAUCUGUGCAAGAACAUAACGUUGUUUCUAUUCAGGAUACCAGGAAUUCAUCACAAGGUUCCGAAGAGGUAACGUCAGCAGUUAUUUCAUCAGUUUUCAAUUCAUACACAACUACUCUACCUGCUAUUCAUACCUUACUUUGCACGGAUGACGAUUUAGUUUACUUUACCUAUUGUCGUGUACCGUCUGAGGAAAAUCAAUUUGUGAAAGGUAAACUUUUGAAAUCAGCAAUAAAGAUAUUGCAGACGCGUAAAACAAAUAUAUUUGACAUUGCAAUAAACAAAGAUGGUGAAAUACUUUUCAUAGACCAUAAUACCAACAACAUUCAAAUUUUAUCAUCUGAGUAUGAAGUAAAAACUGGUUUAGAUCUGUCCCCGAUGAAACCAUUGGCCAUACAUGUAAACAAGGACAAUGAAGUAAUAGUUGGAUUACGGGAACAAGGACCACCGCAUCCAGCCAACGAUUUUUCGGUCCGACAAGUUAUAAUUUUUGGUAGUGAUUAUCAACGGAAAGUAACAUUAGAAUUUGACAAAAAAGGGAAUAAAUUGUUCAGUUAUGCAGGAAGAAUUCGCACUGAUUCUCGAAAUGUUGUCUAUGUUAUUGAUCGUUUUGACAGUGACAUCAACGGUAGAAUGGUAGCUGUAGAUAGAAAUGGCCGCUUAAAAUUUACCUAUGAUGGACAAACAGAUAUAGUAACAUUUCAACCAGUGGGAAUUACUAUUUCACCAAGUGAUAACAUUGUAGUUUCCGAUCGUGGUAAUGAUGCACUACAGGUAACAAAAGGAUAA